CACAAACAUUACAGAACCACCUAAACCACCACCAAAAUGUCCACCUCGCACAUUCACCCACCGCCCAUAACUCUGCAAGACCUCCAAGCCUUCCAAGCCAAACACUUCCCCGACCCAAACCUCGCAGCACAAACACCCCUAGCGACCCAUCCCAUGCCCCAAGCUCACACCACCACCAACACCACCACCACCGCCUCCACGCCCGCAGAGCAGUCUUAUUAUGAAGAGGAAAAUGAAGAAGACGGACUAGGCUACUACCCCGACGGGGUCAAACGGACCCUCACGGACGAGCAGAUCCAGAUCUUCCGGCAUAGUGAGAUCCAUGCGCUGUUGCGGCAGAGGGAGUUACGCGAGGAGGCGGAGAGGGAGAGGCGCGAGGAAGAGGAAGAGGACGAAAAGGCGCGCCGUACGGGGAGGGGGGUGGAGCGGCGUGAUGAUGAUGAUGAUGACGGCGGGGAGGAGUGCGGUGGGGAGGUGGUGCUGAAUGUGGCUGUUCCUACACAGGCUGCUGCUGCUGAUGUUAGUGAAAAGGCUGAACCACCUAGACAUGGGAACUCGUCCGCCGGGAAGAAAAGGCCGCGAGAUGAUGGGGAUUCGCUUAUGGAUUAUGGCGAUGCUGGGGGUGGGCAGCAGCAGCAGCAGCACAGUUCUUCUGGAGCCGCGGGACGGGGUGGUUCGUCCUCUGAUCCCUACGCGGAUCCAUCCAGGCGGGCGGCUUUGUUCACUGGGAGAAAGAUUAUUUCCUAUGAUGAUUGAGCUACCUUGAACACUGUGGCAUCAAAUCAUGUUCGUCCGCUUUAGGGGCUCCUUGGGGGAAGCAAUCAGCUCUUGUUGGGCUUGUCAAAGCUGGCUUAUAAGGAAUGACUCCAAUCAUUCUGGCUAUACACUCACAACACAGCCAUCACAAACAAUAUGGCAU